GAGUACAGUACAUCCACCCAAAAUGGCUUCAUCUUUGAAGCUCCACCUUGUAACGUUGAUCGCAGUGGUCAUCGUCGUCGUACAAGCAGCUCCCGACCUGGGCGUCUGUGACCCCUCGAACUACACCUACCCUUACGACGGCCCUCCGCUUCCCACCCUUCCCUCGCAGUAUCGGCUGAAGGUGGAAGUGAAUAUUGUAAACAAGGGUUAUUCCUUCAUCUUGGAGGAGUUUUAUGAUGCAGUCAAUAACCGCGGUGCCUCGAUCUCGCAUCGCGGUGACAACAGCACGCAUUACACUUCCUACGACUAUGGACUCAACCAGACUGUGGAGGUCACAACAGACCAUGCAAGUGGAACGUCCAGCUGCAAUGUUCGGGACUUUGGUCGCUUCAGUCUGUUCGGUUUCCAUAUUGAAAAUGGGACCGGUCACAUCAACGGCACCGACGCCAUAUUCCGGUUCGGCGAGGAAUUCAACGAGACCUACAUGGGCGUGGCGACGGUCAGGGGCAUCCCCGCGAACCAUUGGCAGCGAUGCAUCUACAAUCCCGACUCCAAUCACACCUUCAGACUUGAUUUCUAUUUCUCCAACGCUAGCUUCCAUCUUCAGUCAGGGCCGAAUGCCAUCCCUCUCAGAGCUACUAUUAAUGGAUCAGGUAUUAGUAGGAGAACCCAGGAGAAGUACAAUUUUUACCACAAUUAUGAAUACCUGGAAGUUGAGCCGGGCCCUGUGACCAUGGAAAGAGCCUUUGAGCCACCUCUAGGUGUAGUUUGCCCAGGCUACAAGAGGGUGAAGAAGUUCCCAGAUUUCCCCAAAGUCUUUGGGGUGAACAUAGAAUCAGUGAUACCAAGUUAUCAAAGAAUCCACUAUUCAAGGGAGUACUACAACUAUCCGGCUAAUCUGUUUGCAUAUAUAUACGAACCUUGGGGCAACUCUUCAGGGAAUGCCACUAUGGUCAGAGAAGUCCAUGACUUCAAUGCAGGUCUGGCUUACAAGUUUGAGUAUGGGACUGAUCAGUGUACCAUUGGUCCUAUACCCGUUGACUCUUUCUUCAGGGAUACUGAAUCGCCGGAUGGGAUACAUGUAUCACUGAAAUCCCCAAACAGCUUCAUUCUUCAUAACCAGUCAUCAUGGAUCUAUGAGGGAAAUACGACUUUGGAUGAUAUUGAUGCCGAGGCUUGGAUUACUGCUGGUCAGCGUGUUAACGGAUCUUCCGUCUGGAACUUCACCAUGGAGUACUUCUUUGCUAGGGGUAACUGGACGGGAGGCACAAAUAAAUCUGGCUUAGUUCAUCAGAUGCCCCUACUAUUCAGGUUUACUGGCAAGAAUGCAAGCACAAACUUCACGUUUAGAAUGAAUCAGAAACUGAUCCACUUCACUUAUCAGCUUUCGGAUCAUUUCUUUGAUGUUCAUCUCUGCUACAACGAGGAAGACAGCCGCUCUAUGGCGGUAGAGAUUAUUGGAGUCGAUAUUCGUAAGAACUACAUCGAGAACAACACCCACAAUUUCUACGCUGCGGUGCAGCAUACUAUUGCUAAUGUAUCGGGGCUUCCUGCCAGUCGUAUCGGCAAUGUUUACGCUGCUGAGGGUGUCGAGGAGAUCCUGAUCAUCUACUUCGACAUGCUUGGCCUACCACCUGUUAAAGGAAACGCUGUCAACCCCAAGGUCGGGCCUGACCUUGCUACAGCUCUGGUAACCCUUGAAGAACGGGUCCUGCAGGUGAACCCUAUCCGUAUCAACUUCACCAAAGACGGCAAGGACGUGGGCGUGAUCAUUGCAAGGGGUUCCCUACGUUUUGACUUUCACCCACCAUCGGACGAUGGCCAUGAAGGCGUAGGAACAGGCACAGCAGCAGGCAUCGGGAUCGCCAUGUUCUUACUGGGAGCCGUCAUCGCUUCACUCAUAGCCUUUGUGUACGUCAAGCGUGUCCUAGCCCCACCUGUGCCUUAUGGUGUACAGGAUUAGAGGUGAUAAUUGUUUAAGCCGUACUUCUCUUGAGGGGGGCUUGUAGUGGUGGUGGUAGUGGGGCUGGGGGUAACUUCAAUCACAGCUUUUGCGUACGUCAAUGACAAACGAGUCUUGGCCCGACCUGUGCCUUACGGUGUACAGGAAUAGAGGUGAUCAUCACCUAACCCAUCCUGCUCUUAAGGGGGUAUCAUAUGGGGGUGGGGGUGAUGGCAGGUUGCUGAAAUUCUCUUAUGUAUUCUUAACUGCUGAGUUAUAUUUGACACCACUUUUGUGACUU